AAAUUCAUUCCACAAAUAGACUCAUUUCAUGUUUAGCUUGUUUCUUGUAACGAUUUAUCGAAGAUGGAAGAAUUACUCGUGUUGUUAAUUACGAUCGAGUUGUCCUUUCGUUUUCUCUAGCCGCUUCUGUGCUUUUACGUGCGCACGUGUACAUGUUUUAUAUGUGUAUACUGUCAUUCGAAGUGCUGAACGUAACCUUGAAAAGACCACCCUCGGUGCAUAGGUUCAAUCGCAGCGGGUGAAGCGCAUAAUUCUUGUUAUCUCUGCUGGAUUAAGAGAUCAUAUUGCAACUUCCAAUCGUCGAUCGUAAUUUCCGAUAAAAUGUCUUCGUAAAAGAUCGGGAAGCUAUCAGAAAGUGACGUUUGAUUACUGGUUGUAAUAAGAUAUAAAUUGUAGGUUAGGUAAGAAUACUAAAAGCUUCAUUGAAAAAGUAGAAAAAUGUUCUUAAGAAUUUAGGCGGUGAAUGCCGCUGUUGCGUGCGACAAUUGUUUUAUUGAAAUCAGUAUGGUGCAACGUUCAGUCGCGCCUAGGCGCAAUGUCAGAAUUCUUUUAAUUGGUGAUCGUGGAGUCGGCAAGACUUCUUUAAUCUUAUCGUUAGUCAGUGAGGAAUACGCAGAGGAUGUACCCUGCAAAGCGGAAGAAAUCACUAUUCCGGCUGAUGUUACCCCGGAACAAGUACCAACGCACAUUGUAGAUUACUCAGGUACUCGUCAAAAAUCCGCUGAACAAACUGAAGAUCAGUUAACUGAUGAAAUUCAGAAAGCACAUGUAAUUUGUGUUGUAUAUUCGGUGGUCGACGAGGACACUUUGGACAGAGCAGCUACAUAUUGGUUACCACUAAUUCGACGAUGUUCGUCAAACAAUCGUUGUCCAGUUGUUCUUGUUGGAAAUAAGAUUGAUCUUGUUGACUACUCUACUAUUGAGGCUGUAUAUCCAAUAAUGAAAGAAUUCACUGAAAUAGAGAGUUGUAUAGAGUGCUCUGCCAAAACAUUACAAAAUGUUUCAGAAACAUUUUACUAUGCACAAAAAGCUGUUUUACAUCCUACUACACCACUCUACAAUUAUGACACUCAGGAGCUUACAGAAGAAUGUAAGAUUGCAUUACAAAGAAUUUUCAAAAUAUGUGAUUUAGACAAUGAUGGCUUGCUAGAUGACACUGAAUUAAAUGCAUUUCAACAAUGGUGCUUUAAUACCCCAUUACAACCACAAGUAUUGGAGGAUGUGAAGGCUGUAUUAUCAAAAAAUAUUCAAGAUGGCAUUUGUUGUGGAUGUGUUACUAUGAAAGGUUUUAUGUACCUUCAGUGUUUAUUUAUACAAAGGGGAAGAAAUGAGACUACUUGGGCAGUGUUGAGAAAAUUUGGUUAUGACAAUGAGUUACAAAUGUCCAAAGAAUAUAUAUAUCCACCAUUAAAGGUUCCUGUUGGAUGUACGACUGAAUUAUCACAUAAAGGACAGGAAUUUUUAACAUUAUUGUUUAUGCAACAUGAUCGAGAUCGAGACGGUGCUCUUUCUCCAUCAGAAAUGGAAUCAUUAUUUUCAAGAUGUUUAAUACCACCUUGGGGAGAUGAAUAUAAGUACACUGUACCAACUAAUGAAAAAGGAUGGAUCACACUUCAAGGAUAUAUGUGUCAAUGGGCGCUGUUGACUCUCACAAACGUGCGAAAAACAUUAGAGUAUAUGGCAUAUUUAGGUUACAACAUGUAUAAUAAUGAAUGUCAGACAAAUGCGAUUCUAGUUACUCGUGAAAAAAAGUUAGAUCUGGCAAAAAAACAGUCUAGUAGAAAUGUGUAUAGUUGCCAUGUAAUUGGCCCGAAAAGUAGUGGAAAGACAACAUUAUGUAGAACGUUUAUUGACCCUAAACUCGAGGUAUACGUGCUUAAAUUAACCGAUGAAAUAGUCCCGCCAAGUUCACAUAUUGCUGUAAACACGAUACAUGUAUAUGGUCAGGAAAAGACAAUAAUUCUGCGAGAUAUAAACAUACUUAAUGUUCAAGAUGCUUUAACGCCAGCACAAAUUCAAUGUGAUGUGGCAGCUCUCGUUUACGAUGCUAGUAAUCCUAAAUCAUUUGAAUAUAUUGCACGGAUUUAUAUUAAAUAUUUUGCAGAUAGUAAGAUCCCUGUUCUCAUAAUAGCAAAUAAGAGUGAUCUUUCUGAAGUAAAGCAAGAUUAUUUAUUACAACCAAUAAGUUUUUGCAAUAAGUACAAAUUGAUGCCACCACAACCUUAUAGCAUCUCCCGUACAAUACGACGUGAAAUCUUUGUUAAAUUAGCAACAAUGGCAGCCUUCCCCCGCUUUCAAGGAGCAUGGGUAUUAUUUUACAGAGACAGUCCUUUGAGGCGAAUGGUCCACAUGUUGCUUGUCAAACCCUCACCCACUCAGUGGUGGAGUUCUUUUACAAGACAUAUAAAUCAAUUUGGAUUAUUACAAGGAGAUUCAAUCGUCUGGUGGAAAGCUGGUCUUGGAAUUGCAGUUGCUACUGUUGCAGGUUUUGUGGUGAUGCGCGUCUUAAAUACAGAAAAAAGAUAGUCUACCAUAUUUCUUUUCUUGCACAUUUAACUGCCUCUUUUGGUCGAGUAUAAAAUCAUCUUUAACAAACGCGUUAAGUUAAUAAAUAAUGUUCUUAAAUCA